CAGGUCACAGAAGCAAAGGAAGGUUUAGGGCUUUGUGGAUAAUUUUUGUCUUAUUCUUAUCAGAUGAAACUCGCGGAUUACGAUAUAUAGCAUAUAGAUUUUAUGGAAUUACCCGGAAAAGAAACGAUAUGAUGCGAUUGAGAUGUAUAAGGUCGAUUUGGAGAGCUCCCGUUCUAAACACGUGGCUAAAAACAUGUCUAUCUUCUGAGGCGACUGUUUCCGGCGAACCCAGUGAGCACGGCCGAAGUAUGCACAUCGAAGAGAAGAUGAAACAACACAUAGCGAAUGGUAACAUUUCAGAUGCUUUACGGCUGUUUGAUGAGAGCAGGAAUGGGGGGAAUUCGUGGGCAGUGGAUGGUUGUUACUCGCAGUUGCUUCACAUGUUUGCAAAACAUGGUGAACACGAAGCCGUAGAGAGAUUGUACCAAGACAUGAAACAGAACGCUAGUUAUAUUGGUGAGGGAGCUAAAACUACAAUGAUCAAGUCUUACUGCAGCCGAGGGCAGUUUGAUCAAGCUAUUAAAAUGCUACGAAGCAUUACUAAUGACAAUAUAGUCCAUCACAUGCGUCACUACGAUUAUGUAAUUACAAGCCUGGCCAACAGUGGGUUAACAAACCAAGCCUUGCAGCUUUUUGAGGAGAAAUUGGAGAAGCAGCAAAGCUCUCUUGCAAGCAAGGUUGACAAAUUUUUGUCUAUAGAUAAGGAAAUGAUAGCUGCACUGCUCAAUCCUUACAAUGUAAGAUCUAAAGAAAAUGAACAAUUUAAAGGAGAUAUCAGUAUGAUGGGCACAUCAGAAAGCUCCAAGAAUAGACUAGAGCUAUCAGAAGAUGGUGUAUACACGUAUGGUAGAAUGUCGCAGAAAGUGUUUCAUUAUCUUGAACAAGCUGGUGAAAGGCUGUCAGUUAAAUUGCUUCAGGUUAUUCAUUCACGGUUUAACCAUGACCCAGUUUAUCACUGGAAGUGGUGCACUAGCAGUGUCAGUGAGACAGGGAUGUGCUCCUGCUGUGGAAAUCAGCUGACCAGUGGCAUAGCUCCGAGUGAUAUACAUCAGCUGGAAAGCGAGAUAAUCAGGCUGUCAAGUAGUCCUGAACAGAAUGGCUCUGAUGGACAUGGAAAAUCCUUGGACAAACAAAUGCAGAAAGAGCUGGAAGAUUUAAAGAUGUUUGUUAAUGAACAGGGGCCAUUUGAUGUGAUAAUAGAUGGGAUGAAUGUUGGUGCUUAUGGCACAACAACUAGUUUCACAUUCACUGCCGACAGGCUUAUUGAGACGGCACAUCACUUUGCUACCCAGCAAAAGAAAGUGCUGCUCAUAAUAAACAACAAAAUAUUCAUCCGGAGAUGCACCAAAGACUUGCGUACCAAGCUUGAAGAUGUUUGUGCUGUUUUCAGAAACAGGUAUAAAAAUGAUGAUUUCUAUCUUUUGUAUGCUGCGGCAUUCAGUGGAAUGAAGCAGGUGGAAGUGGUCACCAACGACAGGCUCCGAGAUCACCGUCUUCUACUACCGUCCAACUUGUGGUGGACAUUUUUGAGAUGGACAAGGUUGAACUGUGUAUCUUUUCGAAGUAAUGGCCAAGGAAAACUCCAUUUUUUUAGGCAAAAAUUUGAUCCUGUGGUACAGCGUUGUGGAAAUUCCUGGCACUUCCCCGCUAAAGAUCAAACAUGGAGGUGUGCAACCAGAUUAGGAGAAAAGGCAGAACCAUGAGUUGAAAUUUCAGACAGAAAGAAUGUUACAGUGAGGACACUUGAACCAUGAACUCGACAUGUAUUGCACGUUUUUGUGAAUCUAAUUAUAUAGAAUGAGGGAUCUUGAUAUUACAUUUUUACUACUUUUACAUUGUGAAAUUGCCAAUCUUUGGCACACAAUUUGAAGAGCCUUGAAGUUCAUUUUAUAUAUUUCACCAGAAAAAGUACAAACAAUGUCAAGUGUUCAUUGUUCUUAGUUGUAUUGUAAUAAAAUAAUAAGAAAUCUG